AUGUCUCCAUCACUCUUCAAUUUCAAAAGUUUCUCUCGCUCAAUCAACCACAUAAUCAUAAUGAGAAGAUACGAUGUGAUCACAAAAGCCUCUCAAAGGGGAUAUACUAGUGGACGUAGCCAUGAGAAGCCAUCAUGGGCAUCAGAUCCUAAUACCGGAUAUUUUAGACCUGAGACUGCAGGUGCGAAAGAGAACUUAAGUCCACACAUUGAAAAAACCUCUAAAAUUCAAGGUAAAAUGCUGAGAGGAGAAGAGUUAUGGUGGAUGCCUGACCCUCACAGCGGGUACUAUAGACCCGACAAUUUUGCCAGAGAGCUUGACGCAGCUGAGCUACGGUCUUUGCACUUCAAUAAGAAUCACAAGACGACGUAG